AUGAAGAAGAAGCUGCUGCGAAAGAGUACUAUUGCCUCGGUGGCAGGCGCUCUGAUCCUGAUCUUCCUUCUGGGGGGGCCGGCCGGCGCCGACAAUACGGUAUCAGCCUACGACUCGACACCGUAUUAUCCCGCGCCGUACGGUGGCUGGGUAGUUGAGUGGCGGGAGAGCUACAAAAAGGCGAAGCGGCUGGUUGAUUCCAUGACCCUGGCCGAAAAGACCAACAUCACGGGUGGAACUGGCGUUUUCAUGGGUAAGUCGAGACGCUGCAAUGGAAACACCGGCUCGGCCCUCCGCGUCGGCUUCCCUAUGCUGUGUCUCGAAGACGGCGCCAGCGGCAUCCGGCAAGCCGACCACGUCACCGCCUUCCCUGGUGGUAUCACGGCCGGCGCCACCUUUGACAAGACGCUCCUGUACCGGCGUGGCGUAGCUCUGGGCCAGGAGGCCCGGGGUAAGGGCGUCCAUAUCCUGCUCGGUCCCACGGUUGGGCCGAUCGGACGGAAGCCAAAGGGCGGCCGCAACUGGGAGGGCUUUGGCGCGGAUCCUGCGCUGCAGGCGGUCGGGGCGCGCCUGACUAUCCGGGGUAUCCAGGAGCAGGGCGUCAUUGCCACCAUCAAGCACCUCGUGGGCAACGAGCAGGAAAUGUACCGCAUGUACCACCCGUUUCAGCAAGCGUACAGUGCCAAUAUCGAUGACCGGACCUUGCAUGAACUGUACUUGUGGCCAUUUGCCGAAGCAGUCCAUGCCGGCGUGGGGGCCGCCAUGACUGCGUACAACGCUGUCAACGGGUCUGCAUGCAGCCAGCAUCCAAACCUCAUCAACGGCAUCCUCAAGGAUGAGCUCGGCUUCCAAGGCUUCGUCAUGAGCGACUGGCUCGGCCACAUGUCCGGUGUCGACUCCGCCCUGGCCGGCCUGGACAUGGACAUGCCCGGCGACAAGCAGGUGCCGCUCUUGGGCUACAGCUAUUGGAUGUUUGAGCUGACGCGGUCCGUCCUCAAUGGCUCGGUGCCCAUGACCCGGCUCAACGACAUGGCCACGCGCAUCGUCGCGGCGUGGUAUCACAUGGGCCAGGACCAGGACUUUCCCGCUACCAACUUCCACUACAACACUAGAGACACGCGCGGCAUGCUCUAUCCCGCCGCGUUCCCAGAGUCGCCCGUUGGCGUUGUCAACGACAAUAUCGACGUCCGCGGCGACCACGACGUCGUGGCCCGGCAGGUGGCGCAGGACGCCAUCACGCUGCUCAAGAAUGACGGCCCGCUGCUGCCUCUGUCUGAGGAGCAGUCCAUCACUGUGUUCGGUACAGACGCGGCCAAGAACCCGGACGGGCCUAACGCGUGCUCAGAUCGAAACUGCAACAAGGGCACGCUCGGGCAGGGCUGGGGCAGCGGCACUGUCGACUACAUGUAUCUGGAUGAUCCUAUUGGCGCUCUGCGGGCCCGCGUGCCCAACGUCACUCUGCACAACACGGACUCGAUGCCUCGGUCCCUGCCCACACCGGCGGAUAGCGACGUGGCCAUUGUCUUCAUCAACUCCGACUCAGGCGAGAAUACGUACACAGUCGAGGGCAACCACGGUGAUCGCGACGCCUCCAAGCUCUACGCCUGGCAUAACGGCGACAAGCUCGUGCAAGAUGUUGCCAGCAAGUACAAAAACGUGGUAGUUGUCGCGCACACAGUUGGGCCGAUGCUGCUGGAAAGGUGGAUCGAGCUGCCCGCCGUAAAGUCGGUGCUGAUUGCCCAUCUGCCCGGCCAGGAGGCCGGGCGGUCCCUCGUUGAGGUGCUCUACGGCGACGUGUCGCCGAGCGGGCACCUGCCGUACAGCAUCACGCGUGCCGAAGAGGACAUGCCGCGGAGCGUGACGAACCUGAUCAGCUUCGCGCUCGGCAACCAAGAGGCCGACGACUACACCGAGGGCCUGUACAUUGACUACCGCUGGCUGCACAAGCAAAAGAUUGCGCCGCGCUACGCCUUUGGCCACGGCCUGAGCUACACCACGUUCCGCCUCAGCGACGCGUCCAUCACCAAGGUCACGCCCCUGUCCAGGACGCCACCGCCGCGGUCCGCCAAGAGCGGCAUCCUCGACUACACGCAGGCGAUGCCCACCGCGCAAGAGGGCGUGAAGCCGGCGGGCUUCCGCAAGAUCUUCCGCUACAUCUACUCGUGGGUGAAGCAGUCCGAGGCCGACGCCGCCGUGCGCGACGCCGCCAGCAAGAAGUACCCGUACCCCGCCGGCUACUCGACCGAGCAGAAGCCCGGGCCGCGCGCGGGCGGCGGCCAGGGCGGCAACCCGGCGCUCUGGGACACGGCGUACACGCUCUCGGUGCGCGUGACCAAUGUCGGCGCGACGCGCAGCGGCAAGGCGUCGGUGCAGGCGUACCUGCAGUUCCCCGAGGACGCCGGCUACGAGACGCCCGUCAUCCAGCUGCGGGAUUUCGAAAAGACGGAGACGCUGGCGCCGAAUGGCAAUGCGACGGUCGAGCUGCGGCUGACGCGCAAGGAUCUCAGUGUUUGGGACACGGUGAUCCAGGACUGGGUGGUGCCCAAGGUUGACGGAGCGUACAAGGUGUGGCUCGGUGAGGCCAGUGAUACUCUGGGUACGGUCUGUCAUGUCGAAUCAAUGACGUGCGAGUCUGGCGUCAAGGGCCCCGUCUAG